CUGGCAUCAAACCCCAUCAAGCGCAUCAUAUACUCCGUAUAAUUUAUAUGUCCAAAGUCUAUUUUCUUCCCAUUCCUCUUCUUCCAAAGUCUGUUCUUCCUUCUUCCUCUUGCGGCUCUUCUUCCGGCAGAGAUUGUUCUUCUUCUCCAGGAUUAUUUUUGGAGUCAUUGAGGCUGAUUCCAGAUCACAUUUCACAAUGGCUAAUGAUGAUGAUGAUUUCACCUUUUGUCAGGUUGUUGUUCAUAAUGACCAAGAGGGCACUGGAGAAGAAAAAGUUGUUCAAGAUGUAAGUGGAAUCAGAAUAAAUGAUGAUCCAUCAAAUCAUGUUGCUUCUAGUGAGAAUACUAGUGCUGUUGGCCAUGAAAAGUCGUGCCAUAAUGCUAACUUAAAGAAACAGGAGACUGGUUGCUCUUUGUCUAUUAACACUAUAGACUCUUCUGAAAAACAAGUGAGUGAAAGUUCCAAUCCUGGAGCAUCAGAAGGCACUGAGACUUCACUUGAGGCUUUACAGAACCGAAUAAAUUAUGCAAGAAAGCCCGCUCCUCGAGCCAAGGUACCCUUUGAGAAAGGGUAUAGCCAGAUGGACUGGCUUAGGCUCACAGCGACGCAUCCUGACCUUGCUGGAACAAGGGGGGAGUCAAAUCGCAGACUCAUAACUAUAAAUGAAGUUAAGCAGCACCAAAGUGAGGGUUCAAUGUGGACUGUUUUGAAAGGCCGUGUCUACAAUAUUUCACCAUACAUGAAAUUUCACCCUGGAGGUGUUGACAUGCUGAUGAAAGCAGUUGGCAAAGAUUGCACAUUCUUGUUCAAUAAAUACCAUGCCUGGGUUAAUGCAGAAUUUUUAUUGGAGAAGUGUCUUGUCGGUAUUUUAGAUGAGAGCCAGUAAAGAUUUUUUGUUUCUGUGCUUUGUGAUUCAAGAAUGAUUAUCUGCAGAAAGUAGAACCAUGUUCAGUAGACAGGCGCUUAAGAACACGUUGGAAUAAAGGCCUUAAAAAUUGUUUGCCUCAUCUGCUGUGGGAAUAACACAUUGGUUGAAAGAUUUCCUAUCUGGUUUUAAGAUACAAGCCCUUACACUGGGAAAUGCUGCUGGCUACUUUUUGGUACUAUCACAAACUAUAGUAAAUCAACAGUUGACCUUGUGGAUGUAUGGUACAACUAUAGCUGCUCUUGGAUCAUUCUAUCAUAACUCAUAAGUAUAUCAUUUCAUGAUUAUUUUGGCUUGAGUUAACUUUUGUAUUGGUGUUAUUUUCGGUGCACUGGUGUACUGCAUUCUUAUCUGUGUCAAGCUAAGGGUUUGAUAAUGUGGUUAAAGGAUAUAAUAGUGCCUGAUAAGAAAUGCAGAUUAGGAAAUGUUUCAAGGACACAAGUUAAAUUUGCAAUAUAUGGAAGUUAUUCUGCAAUGAGGAGGGACUUGGACUUCAUCAAUAACUGGACCACAGAGACCUCCAGAUUUAUCCACCCUAGUAUGGUAGAAGGAGCUGAAGAAUGUUAACCUUGUCCUGAUGCCAAAUGCUAUAAACUGGAAGCUUACGGUCUUGAAGUUUCCCUUUCCUGCAGAUGUAAAUGGGACUUUGAAGGCAUGCUUUCCUGCAUAUGCUUCAACCAUCAUAUCUCCAAGGCAACCGUUACCUGCAUCUCCAACACUGAAGGUGGCACGGACACCCUCAGCACCUCUUCUUGCACACAGCUUCUUGACGCUGCAAAUGUGAGUGCAUACACAGUUCCUUUCUUCACAUGGAUUCUCUGAGAAAUAGAUGCCUCAUGCACAAGCCUAAUAGCAUGGAUGCCGUUCAACGCCAGAAAGUACUUCCCGCCCGAGAUGUACUCCACAGGACCAGAGGUUUCCCACUUUGGUUGAAAACCUAUACAUUUUAAAAAUAUUUAGUGUGUGGCGGGGGGGACUGUAGAUGAGAGAUUACAGUAUGAUACAUUCCUUACCUUCAAGAGUAUCUUCUCUAAGAGCAGAGGCCGUGAAGAGUAAAGAUAAAAGGAGCGCAAGAUAAACCAUCUCUGCCAAGCUAUUGCUGCAGCACCUAAGAUAGAAAGGAUGGGGGAUAGCAGUAGGGCUUCAUUCUAUUUCCACACAUUUAUAAUUCUUUAGGGAGGAGAGAGAUUGAAAGAUUUGGAAGCGGAAGGAAACAAGAACAUAAUGAACCACCCUGGCUCUUCCAUUAUUUUCUUUUUGUUUGUCUACAAAUAGUUCCUUAUUAUUUUAUCUGGAAAACCGACCACCUUUUCUGUAUAAUCCAUUCUGCACCAUUUCUAUCUCAAUCCAUUAUUUACUUGGAACAGCCGGUGAUUGGCUGUUAAUAAUAUAUUAAUAUAUGUGUGUAAAAUAUAUCUUAAUAAAUAAAGUAUAUUAACGAG